AAACUUAAAGCGUUCAAUUUGAAUUUUUACUCGUACAAGCUUCGUAAUCUUCGGAAGGAUAACAAGUGAAAAUGUUUAAAUUAAGGUUCGCACCGCUACGGAAAGUGACGGAGGUGUGGUACCCUAGUAUGUCACUUUCUACGACGGCUUCUCCAAAGGUGAAUGAAGAAAAAAUAAAGGAGGAGAAAGUCAAAGUUGGGAAGUACGAAAUAAACUAUCUCAAAGUAGGUCGGGGCCCGCACCACGUUCUAUGCGCGCCGGGCUCUCUCGGCACCAUAUGGUUUGACUACAAGCCCCAGAUCCAGGGCUUCGACCGAGACAAGUUCAGUUUAGUGGUCUGCGACCCUCCGGGCAACGGGAGGAGCACUGUACCGGAGGAUGACAAUGUGGUCGACUUCUUUGAGAGGGAUGCGGCUGUGUAUUACGAAUUUAUGAAGGUGCUCGAAGUCCCGAAGUACUCCUAUAUAGGCUGGAGCUGCAGUGGCGCCUCGGGGCUUAUCCUCGCCGCUAGGCACCCAGAGGUGGUCAACAAGUUAGUUGUAUUUGGCACCAGCUCGCAUAUGUUGAAGAGUGAAACAGAAAAUUACAGUAAAAUGAAAGAUUUGAAUAACUGGUCAAAACCAGUGAUAGAAGCAAUGACAAAAAUGUAUGGAAAAGAGGCAUUCGUGAAAAAGCUGAACAAAUGGGUGGAUAACGUCGUGAACAACUACUCAGUGUUUAAUUGCGACGAUCUUCUGAAGAAUAUAAGGUGUCCCACACUGAUACUUUACGGUGCAAAGGACCAAAUGGUAGACGGCUCUCACGUAAACUACUUGCAAAAACACAUUAAGAAUUCCAGAGUUCACAUAUACCCUGAAGGCAAGCACAAUAUCCACAUAAAGUACGCGGACGAUUUCAAUACUAGAGUUCAGCAAUUCCUUCUACAAACAACGAAUGAUUAACCGUGAUUGAAGUAACCGUUUAACAGGAUUCACAAAAUAAUAAUGAAUUCGUGGAUAUUAUUAAAGAACUUUUAAAGAGGCUGCUUUCUUUAUAAAGUAGUGUGAUUGAUUUUCUCGCUCAAGUACCUAUUUUUAUCAUAAUAUAUUUCAAUAGUGAGAUAAUCAGGCCAACAGUAGGUAUAUAAUUACACUAACUAGCAUAUUUUA